CUGGGAUUUUACCAAUCUCCUCUGAUUUUGCUGUAAUAGGUAGGAUUAUUGAUGGGUGUUAGUGGUUAUUGGAAAUGGCUCAAGGGAGUUUUCCCAAAUGCCUUCAGUCACACUCUUCCCCUGGAUCACGCUUAUGAUCAUGUCCUCGUCGAUGGAAACCACUUUCUUUACCUGGCAGCUCGAUCAACAACCAACGAACGCGAUCUUUUCGCCGCUGUGAGUGAUCGACUUCGAAUGGCUCUUCGCAGCGCUCCUCCUCAGAAAACCAUCUUUAUUGGUGUGGAUGGGCCUGCUCCUUGGGCCAAACUUUUAACCCAGCGGAAUAGGAGGACAGCAAGACAUGUGCGGCAGUCCAGAUCGGCGAUGCCAAUGUUUGACGUGCUGCAGUUUACACCAGGAUGCUCGUUGAUGAAUCGACUAGACCAGCAUCUGCAGUGGUUCGCGUGUGAUUACCUGGGUAGAGAGAGGUCCAGUGAUUUGAAAAUCAUCUUCAGCGGAUCCCGUGUGCCAGCUGAAGGAGAAGUUAAAGUGUUUGGUCAUGCUCUGGGAAAGCUUAGAAGUAAAACUGGGUCUAAAGACGAUACAUUUGCAAUUUUGGGAGGAGACGCCGAUAUUGCCAUACAGGCCCUAGCCUCCAAUAUACCACGGACUACCAUUGUCAACCCCGAAUCCCCAUUCCUCCUACAUGUCCCCUCCAUCGACGACGAACUGGCUAAAUUAUUCCCUGGAAUAGAUAUGCGGAGAGUGCGAUUGGAUGUGGCACUACUAUCCCUAAUGGGAGGAAACGACUAUAUUCCAAAGUUGAGCUGGAUUGUACUGGACACCUUGUUUGCGUCGUACCUCGCGUUUCGGACAAAGUAUCAAGGGACGUCCCUCGGCAGUAAACAGCUAUCAUCCAACGAACCCCGCUUCCUAGUCGAUCCAGAGACGAUGACUUUGGAUCUCGAGGUACUGCGAGCAGUUGUCAUGGGUGAGUUUCAAGACACUGUGCGAAGGCGACCUCCGACCAAGUGGCGAAAGGAGCAUUUGGGCUCGGAAGGUUCAUUGCAUGAAGCUGGAAUUUCUCCCCUCUACAAUGUCCGCAAGUAUCUAGAGGGGCUGCUGUGGAAUUUGGACAUGUACAUGAACGGCCGCUGCUCCGAUUACCGAUUCAUGUACCCUUAUUCGCAUGGACCUGCAGCUACAGAUGUUGGAGCAUGGAUUGACGGGUUGGAAAGAACGGAAGGUAUAACGGAACUGUCCCUUCCUGUAACCAAUACCGCAAAGGCGUCAAAGCCGUUGCCACCUCCCUUGUGUGCCGUCGCAAUGCUACCUUUGGAGAGAAUAUCCUUGGUUCCUAUCGAGUACCAACCCCGCAUGCAGCAAUUUGAUGUAGAUAUGCAAUCCGGCCUCCGCUCGGACGAUUUGGCGACUGCGUUGCAAAUACUGGGUGACAGCCAUGAGAGCCAACCAGGUGAUUUUGGACAUCCUGUCUGCGUGCAGUAUGAUCCUAUACGUGCAGUGAACAGCGAUGCAGCGUCUAUACCUGAACCAUUACCAGGCUUUUCUUCUCUGCCGGCCAGUAGCUUUUUGAUUGAAGCAUGGGAUGAGACAGUAUAUGCCGCUUGCGAUGCGCAGCGACUCAAGAAGGCGACUGUUCCGGGUAGGCUGCACGACAAGAGUGCACCCAGCAUAAGGAUAAACAAAUCAAGCCAACAGCCCGGACCAGGGCCAGACAAAAACACGUCGCCAAAACUUGCAAAAGCAAAAACCACCGUAACACGUACCAAGAAACAGUCACUUGCAGCCGUCGUAGGGAAUCUGCCCUCUCACUCAAAACCAGUACAAACCGGUUUGUUUUCUGACAGUCUAAAUGCAAAUCGAUAGAGCAACAUGCUAUAGUGCUGUGGAACGGCAUAUGAGAACGGAACUUGUAGAUAUCUUGUGUAUAAAGAAAAAUGUAUAUUUCGACCAUUGUGUAGUUGUUAACGAUCGUGGUGAGAUCACGUGUUCCCGAC